ACAUGAAUGAAGGCACGUAUCAUUGUAACUGCUCGAUACAGAUCCCAUAUCUUCCGUAUCUUAAUGACCACUGCGCUGUGGAUCAUUCUGCGAUAGCAACAAGUGGGAUGUUUCGCAACGUUUUCCACGUCGCAACCAUUAAAACGCACUACARCAUGAACUAUUACGAAGCAGAACGAGCUUGUGCUAUUUUCGGUGCUCAGAUGUCAAGCUUGACGCAGUUGGAUGAUGCAUGGAAAGCUGGUUUUGAUUCCUGCAGGUACGGUUGGCUGAUAGAUGGUACUGUAAGAUUCCCCAUUAUAUAUCCAACCCCUAGAUGCUCCUCAUCUCCACCCAGUAUUCGGGGAAGUACCACCCCGMAAGAUAAAUGGAACUCAAGGCAUGAUGUGUACUGUUACAGAGAAACAGAUAAUUGCAAUGAUGGUAAAGACUGGCACCAAAAUGGUCAAGCUUGUUACAAGUUUUUUCUUGACACCAAGGCUCGUCAGACGCCUGCUGCUCAGACAUGCGCUCUCGAAGGUGGGAUUCUCGGAGUGUUUAACUCAAAGGCUAAGCUAAUCUUCCUCCAAGACUACCUGCGAAGAAGAAGCAUCACAGACCAACAAGUUCUGGUGGGAUUGAGUCAGGAUGCUGGUGGUGCGUGGAACUGGACGAACGGAGAAGCAGUUAAAUCCUCUCUCUGGAAUGUCACCCAGCCAACUGGACCAAUAGGAACAGUCAAUGCUGCCAUGAAGGCUCUUGACAACGUGCCAGACAGUGACGAGUGGAAACUACCAUUUGUCUGUCAGAAACCUGUCCUUUAAUCUUGCACACACACGCAAAAACAAAGGUCCGCACAGUUGAUCCAAGGAUUUGAGUAGCCCAUCUUUGAGCUAGUUCAGCGAUCGAAAAAUAUCAGUAUAUAUACAUUAGUAAUAGCCCGUGAACUACCACUUUAGUUUAAAGGCUCUUUUUGUUAAAGUAACAGAGUGCAAACAAUAAAAAUGAAAACUACGUUUAA